AUGGAGUUUCAAGCACUUGAUGUUCUGAAGAACUCGAGGAAUAAAUAUGUAAAAGUGAUGACACUGAAUAACAAGAUGUACCGUGGAAUGCUUGAGAGUUUUGACAUGCAUGUGAACACCUACUUGAAGGAGGGAUACAUCGAAGCCGAGGGAUCUGAGGAAGUGUUUGUAGGAGAUGUAUUGAUCAAUGGAGGAACAAUAGCUUUUUUUGAUAUUAUGUAA